AUGUUAAUUCACACUUUGGCAGUAUCUUCACUGGUCCUGCGAGAGUGGCGGCAGCAGCGCCGCGAGAUCUGCGAAGAGGUCCUGAGGCUUUUUGUCUACCUGUUUCCCAACUUCUACCUGACUCCCUCUCAUUUCACCUCAUGCAAAAGAUGGAGAACCGAGUCACUACGAGAAAUACGGCAGCAGCGCCGUACAGAGCGAGGAAUUGUCGAGGAGGCCGAACAGGCAAUCGACAAGACCCAAGGAAUGCGACGACAGUACUGCCAGUACCCAUCUUUAUGCUCUGGAUCUUCGGGUCCUAUUAUAUCGCCUCUGCCGCGUGUGUCACACUACGAUUCAAGUCGUCAGGCAGUCAACCUUGCAGAACGUCGAGUCCAGGAGGACCGACGGAAUGGUGUGCCUGUCAUUUGCGUUCACUGCGGUAAGCAGGAGAACCCAAAUAUAAAGACAAGAUUACCUUUCGGGGAAGAGAGUAUGGGUCCGGUUUGUAACAAUUCAAAUUCUAAGAAUGGCGAGAAAGUCCUGAGCGACUCCAGUUCGAAAACCUCGGAUCGUCUUCAAAGACGCAUUUCCUUUUAG